AUGGAGAAUCCGAAUACCAAUAUUGAAAUGUAUGGGAAGUUUACAUGGACCAUUAAUGACUUCUCCACGGUAAUGCCGGACUUGAGCUCGGAUCCGUUUUCCUUCGAUGGCCACAAAUGGAGGAUUAUUAUGGACUAUGUGAGCAACAGUUUGUCAAUUUAUUUGGAUUCUGCCGUUGAUAAUAUGCCUCAUGGAUGGGAAAAAACUGUAAAUUACAAUCUCAUUCUGAUUAAUCAACUCCAAGCCAAAAGAAAUAUAAUAAACGAAUGUAACGCAACCUUCCAUUCAAAUUCGCGUCCCUGCGGUUUCGAAGCCAUAGAUUUGAAUAAAUUAUGGGACUCUAGUUGCGGGUUCAUUGUAGAUGAUACUUGUAUAGUUGAAGUUCAUAUAAAAGUUGAGAAAGAAGUUGAUGAAUCUGUGAGGAACGUUGACAAUAAGCUUGUUGAAAGGAUUCAGAAUCUUCCACCUCAGGAAAUGAUUUCAACUGAGAUGGUGGAUUUUAGGGGAAUAGGAAAA